UCUAUUUCUCUAUCGUUCCUCUUCCCGGUGACGCUUCUCCUCCCCUGCACUCUUUCUGUCGUCGCCGGUACACCGGCGCUGGAGGUUCUUUCCGGCGAUUCGUGGUCAUUCCUCGGCGGUGGGUUCGUCUUACUUUCCUCCGUCUGAUUCAGUUUUCCAUCGGUCCUCGCUUUCUCCAUCAAUCUCUCCCUUUAGCAAAUUGAUGAACAAAGAACUAUGAAUGGCCUUCACGGAGACGAUGCCCAAAUGCACAUUGGGGAAGCACAAGAUCCGAUGCAUGUACAAUAUGAGCAUCAUGGUUUGCACCACAUCAACAAUGGAAACCGUAUGGUUGAGAUGCAUGCUGAUGGUGGCACCACUGGUCGGGUGAAUGGAGGAGUGGAAACAGACAUUCCUUCUCACACUGGAAAUUUUUCAGACAAUCGUGGUGAAGUGGUUGACCGUGGUAGUGAAAAUGGAGAUCAGCUGACAUUGUCUUUUCAAGGCCAAGUUUAUGUCUUUGACAGCGUCUCGGCUGAGAAGGUCCAAGCUGUGCUUCUACUGUUAGGAGGCCGUGAAUUACCGCAGGCUGUUUCUCCAGCUGUAGGGCCGACAACUCCUCAGAACAAUAGGGGUUUUUCUGGUAUUCCUCAAAGGUUUAGUGUCCCCCAACGGUUGGCCUCCUUAGUCAGAUUCCGAGAGAAACGAAAGGGGAGGAAUUUCGAUAAGAAAAUCCGGUACACAGUUCGUAAAGAAGUUGCCUUGAGGAUGCAACGUAAUAAAGGUCAGUUCACAUCUGCCAAAUCAAACAAUGACGAUUCUGCAUCAGCAGGAUCAAACUGGGAGUCAAACCCCACCUGGGGCAUUGAAGGGACCGAAUCUCAGGCUCAAGAGAUUUCGUAAGUUAAAAAAAUAUGCUU